AUGUCUGGUGAGACUAAGACCACAGGGACUGAAAAUUGUCCAGCUUUACGCUCACAGCAACAGAGGCCUCAGAGAUGCCUUAAUGACAGGUACAAACGUACAGAGGAAUUGCGGAAGCGUCGAGCCAAGAAAAAUGUGGGAGACCCAGACAUUGUAAAGUCUCCUAGUGACCAUAAGGAAUACAGGUACAUCAAAUUAAAAAAUGGCAUGAAUGUGCUGUUGAUAUCUGACUGGACAAUUGAUGAUUGCACUUCUUCUGAUGAAUCAGACACUGAACUAGAUGACAUCAUAAUAUCCUCUGGAACAGAUGAGGAAGAAGUUCUUGCUGCAAGAAUGCAGGAAAUUGAGAGAAAGGAUAGUAAUAUCAAAGAAUCUGAGGAUGGAUCUGUGGAAGGUGAAGCUAGAAGUGAUGAAACAGAUUAUGCUGGUAGCGAUAGCAUUGUCGAAGGUGAUCUUGGAGAAAGAGAAGCCCUGGAUGACCCUGAAAUAUAUGAAGAAUUAGUGAAACAAGAAGAUGAAAGUAAGAUGGGAAGUACAGAAAAGCAGUCUGCAGCCGCCCUUGCUGUUGGUGUCGGUAGUUUCUGUGACCCUGAGGAUUUACCUGGAUUAGCUCAUUUUUUGGAGCAUAUGGUAUUUAUGGGUAGCCAGAAAUAUCCGGAUGAGAAUGGGUUUGAUACAUUCUUAAAGAAGCAUGGAGGCUCAGACAAUGCUUCGACUGACACAGAACGAACUGUUUUCCAGUUUGAUAUUCAAAAGAAAUAUUUUAAAGAAGCACUUGACAGAUGGGCACAGUUCUUCAUUCAUCCUCUGAUGAUUAAAGAUGCUAUUGACCGUGAAGUUGAAGCGGUGGAUAGUGAAUAUCAGAUAGCAAGACCCUCUGAUGCUAACAGAAGAGAACUGCUGCUUGGUAGUCUUGCAAAACCAGGACAUCCUAUGAGAAAAUUCUUCUGGGGUAAUGCAGAGACACUGAAACAUACACCAAAAAAGAAAGGCACUGAUACCUAUGCAAGACUGAGGGAUUUCAGAAAACGAUACUACUCAGCUCACUACAUGAAUCUAGUUGUCCAGUCUAGAGAAACCCUGGAUACUUUGCAAAAAUGGGUGACGGAAAUUUUCUCACACAUCCCAAAUAAUGGAUUACCCAGACCAGACUUUAGUCAUCUGAUGAAUCCUUUUGAUACACUGGAAUUUCACAAGAUUUACAAAGUUAUUCCAGUGAAAGAAAUACAUUCUUUGAACAUCUCUUGGGCUGUUCCCCCUCAGGAAAAGAAUUACAAGGUGAAGCCCCUGCAUUAUAUCUCUUGGCUGAUAGGACAUGAAGGCAGUGGGAGUGUGCUCUCCUUUCUUAGGAAGAAGUUUUGGGCUCUUGCUUUAUAUGGAGGAAAUGGUGAGACAGGAUUUGAACAAAAUUCUACCUAUUCCAUCUUCAGCAUUUCAGUGACUUUGACAGAUGAAGGCUUUGAACAUUUCUAUGAGGUUAUUCAUCUUAUAUUUCAGUAUUUAAAGAUGUUGCAAAAAAACGGGCCAGAGAAAAGAAUAUGGGAAGAGAUUCAGAAGAUUGAAGCUAAUGAAUUUUGUUUCCAGGAACAGACUGAUCCAAUUGAGUUUGUAGAAAAUAUUUGUGAAUAUAUGCACAUCUUUCAAAAGGAGGACCUACUGACAGGAGAUCAACUACUGACUGAUUAUAAUGCUAAUGUCAUUGCUGAUGCCCUUAAUCAUCUCAUCCCUCAAAAAGUAAACAUCUUUCUCUUAUCUCCUUCCCAUGAGGGACAAUGUACCAAGAAAGAAAAGUGGUUUGGGACACGUUAUUGUAUGUUAGACAUUGACCCAUAUUGGAGCAAGCUGUGGGACAGUGAUUUCCCUCUCAAUCCAGAUUUACAUCUGCCACAAGAAAAUAAAUAUAUAGCCACAGAUUUCUCUGUGAAAGAAUCAAGUCCUCGAGCUCCAGAAUAUCCCACCAAAAUAAUAAAUGCACGUGAAGGGUGUCUAUGGUACAAGGAAGACAAUAAAUUUGGUGUCCCCAAAGGAUUUAUCUGUUUCUACCUGGUAUCACCAGUAAUAUUACAGUCUGCACUGAACAUGGUGCUUUUUGAUACUUUUGUAAGCAUCCUCAGCCAUAACCUUGCUGAACCAGCAUAUGAAGCCGAUGUUGCUCAGUUGGAAUAUAAAGUGAUUGCUAAAGAGCAUGGCUUGACCAUUCGAGUGAAAGGCUUUAACCAUAAACUACCUCUGCUGUUUCAGCUGAUUAUCAAUAAUUUAUCUGACCUCAAGAUCACACCUUCAAACUUCCAGAUGAUAACAGAGCAGCUUAAAAGGUCGUAUUUUAAUUAUCUCAUCAAAGCAGAUACACUGGCAAAAGACAUACGACUAUCAAUACUGGAGCAUGGCAGGUGGUCAUUAAUAGAGAAAUAUGAAACUUUGAUUAAUGGUAUUUCUAUAGAAUCCCUAACAAAAUUUGUGAAUACUUUCAAAUCAAACCUGUGGAUAGAAGGACUCGUCCAAGGAAACUUCACAGAAAAUGAGUCAAAGCAGUUCAUGAAUUAUAUCUCUGAGAAAUUGAAUUUCCAUCCUCUAAUACACCCAUGUCCUAUUCAGUUUCGAGUGACGGAACUGCCUAAUACUCACAUCCUAUGUAAAGUGAAAUCUCUUCACAUUGGGGAUGCAAACACUGAUGUCACGGUCUAUUACCAGACUGGUGCUAAGAAAUUGAAAGACUAUUCACUCACAGAACUGCUUGUGAUGCACAUGGAGGAGCCAUGCUUUGAUUUCCUGAGGACCAAGAAUACACUGGGCUACCAUGUCUACCCUGCUACAAGAAAUACUUCUGGGAUCCUGGGUUUUUCUGUUACUGUAACAACACAGGCAACCAAAUAUAACUCUGAAUUUGUUGACAAAAAAAUAGAAGAAUUCUUUGCACACUUUGAGAAAAAACUCCACAAUUUGUCUGAAGAAGAAUUUCUUGCUCAGGUCUCUGCUCUAAUCAAACUUAAGCGAACCGAUGACUCCCAUCUUGGAGAAGAGGUGGACAGAAACUGGAAUGAAGUGAUUACUCAGCAAUACGUCUUUGACAGACUUGCCCGAGAGAUCGUAGCACUGAAAAGCCUUACUAGAACCCAGUUGGUUGAGUGGUUCCUACAUUUCAGAAAAAAGCACAAGAGAGUUUUGAGCAUCCAUGUGGUAGGCUAUGGUAAACAAGAAGGGGACGCAAAUGUUAGACAUACUUCCAUUGUCCAAGAAUCUAUGUUUAACAGAGAACUUCAACUAACCUUUUUGCCUUCUUCUCCUAUGUUGAAUGUCCCCCAUAUCCUGGACAUUCGAGCUUUCAUCUCAACUCUUAACAUUCUUCCUUACCACAAGAUAUUAAAAUGA